AUCAGAAUAAUAAAGAUAGACACUAUGAUGUAACACAGCAAUGUGAAUCCAGCUUUACAGAUAAAGGAAUCAGAACAAAAAUGCCUAAAAUAUCAAAGUAGUCCGUGAAAAUACUCUUAGCCGAGUAGCAGAUUGUCAAAUCGAUAAAAAUGCGUCUCAGUGAUAUUAACAAAAUAGCUGAUGGAAACGAAAAUGUUAAAGAUGUUAGAACAGAGACCAGUGAUGUUGAUAAGCCAUUGAAGCUGGACGAUGUGUUGAGAACUGAGCUGGGAGAGUUCGGCUGCUUCCAAUUACGGAAUAUACUUCUCGUUACGAUACCUAUCAUGGUGUCGGCUUUUAAAAGCGAUUUCGUGUUCUCUACAGCUGCUAUACCACACAGAUGCCAAAUACCAGAGUGCGGAGAGACCAGUAAGUUAUAUAACUAUAACCCUGAUUGGAUAUUAAACGCCAUACCGGAGACCAAGUCAGGGUUCUCUAGCUGUAGCAGAUUUGCUCCCAACGAGUAUGGAAUCAACGGCUCAUGGGAGUCUUGCCCGGCUGGCCUGUUUGACCGGGAGCAAACCGUCAGCUGCGGAAACUUUGUCUAUGCCAACGAUAAUUCCGUUGUUUAUGAUUUUGACCUUGCUUGUCAAGAAUGGCUCCGUGCUCUAGCAGGCACGCUCAGCAGUAUCGGAGUACUGCUCGGACUGCCUCUCUCUGGAUAUAUCUCGGACCGGUUUGGGCGUCGGAUAGCAUUGGUGUUCAACAUUUUCAGCUUGGGCUUCAUCGGAAUCAUAAAAGCUUUUUCUGUAAAUUACAAUAUGUUUAUGAUUUUGCAACUAGUUCAAGCUUUGCUGGGCUCCAGUGUUUACACCGCUGCGUACGUUAUCGCGACAGAGCUGAUCGGGCAGAAGUACCGCGUCAUCACCAGCGCCACGGCAUCUUCUAUGUUCUCGGUGGGGCAAGUGUUGCUUGGCAGAGUUUAUUGGCUCAUUGGCUAUUGGCGGUAUACGACAUUGGCCCUGUACGUCCCAUGCUUGUUCAUGGUGGGGUAUUAUUGGCUUUUAACUGAAAGCGUUCGGUGGCUUCUGUCAAAAAAGAAAUACGCUGAAGCGAGAAAGAUAUUAGAAAAUGCAGCCAGGGUUAAUAAGAAGACGAUAAAUGAAAAAUCUAUGGAGGCUUUAAUGAAUCCACCGCAAACUCCUAUUCUUCAGGAAACAAAAUCAGGUUUAGUCCGAUCAGUGCUCCGGUCUCCGACUCUGUUAAGACGAGUUUGCACAACUCCUAUAUGGUGGAUCUCCAUGACCUUCGUGUACUACGGACUGUCCAUCAACUCCACCAGUCUCUCCGACACCAUUUACCUGAACUACAUGUUGACCUGCGCGGUUGAGUUGCCGGGAUACUGCGCUGGUGUGUUGUUGCUGGAUAGGAUUGGUCGAAGGACAACGUUGUCUUCGGGAUUCUUCUUUAGCUCUUUAUGUAACAUACUCUUCGUAGUUAUCCCCCUUGAAAUGUCAGCAGUUCGGUUGGUAACUUAUCUCCUGGGCAAGGUUGGCAUCUCAAUGGCGAUGACGUCACUGUACCUGUACACGUCGGAGCUGUACCCCACGGAGUUCCGUCACUCGCUGCUGGCCUUCUCCUCCAUGAUCGGGAGGCUGGGUGCCAUCGCUGCUCCACUCACACCAGUGUUUGCUCAAUAUUGGCACGGUCUGCCGUCAGCGAUGUUCUGCGCCAUGGGCGUUAUCAGCGGCGCUCUGGUGCUGACGCAGCCUGAAACUCUUGGCACGAAGCUCCCGGACACAUUAGCUGAAGCUGAAAUGCUAGGUAAACAGGAUUCCAAACUGAACACUGCAACGAAUUGAU